AUGGAACACAGUCAAUCAAUAACUUUUAACCAGUUGAAUCAAGAAUAUAUAUCCCGUUUAAGGGAUGCAUUUCAGAUGUUUGAUGACGAUGGGGAUGGGAUGAUAAAUGAAAGUGAUUUAAUAAAAUCUUUACAAAGUGUUGGCAAAAUAAUAGAGAGCAAUGACCCUGUAUUAAACAAAAUGUUAAGUGGUAAAGAGGCAAUAACGUUUGCAGAGUUUUUGAAUGUGAUGAGUCAGCAGAGUGGAGAAUUCGAUGAGAAAGAAUUAGAACAAUCAUUAUUGCAACUAUCUUCUACUUCAACAAUUGAAUCCAAUGAAAAAACAAAUGCAAAAUAUGAAAUACAGGAGGGUGAUUUGAUUAAGUUAAUUGAACAGAAUGGAAUAGAAGAUAUUCAUGAAUUCGAUAAAAUAUUUCAAACGUUUAUAAGAAAGGGUGUUUUCAAUGGAAAACAAUUUCUAGAUACUAUUUCAGAGAAAUGA